AGAGUUCGAGAGUCGAGUUUACGUCGUACUAAAAGAGACGCCGGGAUAAUCUAAUCGGCGCGGACGAGAUAACCGACUCUGAGGUGAAAAUCUCGAUGACCCGCGAAACUAUAAAUAAUACGCGGCGCGUCCGUUUUCACUUGUUUGUUAGUUUAGGUUAGUAAUUAGUUAAAAGCCGUCAGACGAAUAUAUAUUACGCGAGUAGUAUUCGCGAAUCAAACGACAGGAUAGAAUGACGAACCCCACGGGACCGACGAUUAGGGAAAAAUGUCGGAACAUGAUCCUCAACAACGACACGCUCCGGAAGGUGGGCGCCAUUUUUCUCGACAACAUCAAGAGGGGACUGAAGAAGGAAACGCACUCCAAGGCCAUCGUUAAGUGCUUCCCCACUUACGUUCAAGAUCUGCCGGAUGGAAGUGAGACCGGGAAAUUUCUGGCUCUGGACCUCGGCGGCACGAAUUUCCGCGUGCUGCUCAUCGAACUGAGUAAGGACCACUUCGAGAUGAAAUCGAAGAUCUUCGCGAUCCCGCAGCACAUUAUGCUCGGCUCCGGUGAGCAACUCUUCGACCAUAUCGCCGAGUGUCUCGCCAUUUUCGUCAAAGAGGAACAGGUCCAACACGAAUGUUUACCGCUGGGCUUCACCUUUAGCUUCCCCCUAUCCCAGAAAGGCUUGACGGUCGGUAUACUGGAGCGCUGGACCAAGGGCUUCAAUUGUUCCAACGUCGUCGGCAACGAUGUCGUGCAGAUGCUCGAGGAGGCCAUCGAUCGCAGGGGGGACGUAAAUAUCGAGGUUUGCGCUAUCUUGAAUGACACUACUGGGACGCUCAUGUCUUGCGCAUGGAAAAACCGCGAUUGCAGGAUCGGACUUAUAGUCGGUACCGGUAACAACGGGUGCUACGUGGAGAAGCAGGAAAACGCCGAGCUCUUCGACGAGGAAGACAUGGGUUCGGGCAAGGUGAUGAUAAACCUGGAAAUGGGUGCUUUCGGGGACGACGGCAGCAUAGAUUUCGUACGAACCGAGUACGACCAAGAAAUAGACAGGCAUUCGAUCAAUCCCGGCAAGCAAAUAUUGGAAAAGAUGAUUUCUGGAAUGUACAUGGGAGAACUGGUGAGGCUGGCGUUGGAGAAAUUUACAAAGGAGGGGCUGUUGUUCGGAGGUAAAGGGUCCGAUAUGCUGUUCGAGAGGGGGCGCUUCUAUACGAAAUACGUAUCGGAAAUAGAAAGCGACGAACCCGGGGUGUUCACCAACCAAAAGGAGAUACUGGAGGAAUUAGGGUUGAAACACGCCACCGAACAGGAUUACGUGAACGUCAGGUUUGUGUGCGAAUGUGUGAGCAGAAGGGCGGCCCAUCUGGCCGCCACCACCAUGACGACGCUACUGCACAAAAUGGACGAAAAGAAGGUCACCAUAGGGGUCGACGGGUCGGUGUACAGAUACCAUCCACAUUUCCGCACCCUGAUGAUGGAGAAGAUCAGCGAACUGUGCGAUCCCAGUAUACAGUUCGACCUGAUGCUAAGCGAGGACGGUUCCGGGAGGGGGGCGGCGUUGGUGGCCGCGGUGGCGGCCCGCCAAAAGAAAAAGUCCCAGAAGCAGGCCACAUAAUGGCGGA